ACGGACAGAUGUUUGAAUGGAUUCGGCCAUCAGACUACAUAAAGUUUAUGGACGAGAAUUCCAAACUUGAGCUGAUUCUUGGAGCUCCUACUUUAGCGAAAGCUGCACCAGCCCUGGAGCUAUUCUGGAAGCGCUACGAAGCUGUCAACCCUUCGCAUCAAGUAUUUCAGAAAGCCAGGGAAGGCCGAUUGGCUUUGAACCAAACCCUUCCAUUCUAUUUCCAUGCUGACGAAGGCCGGACCCUGAAGAAGAAGCCGGUUUUCAUCAUCCAAUGGCAGCCGUGUUGCGGUAAAGGAGUCGGCCGAAAGAACAGCGAAGCCCUGAUCAAGGCUCGGCUUGAGGAGCUUCGCUUACAACCGAAUUUCAAGGGCCAUACCUUCGUGACGAGGUUUUUGGCUGGCUUGCUGUUGGGCUCGAGCUAUGCUGACAAGCCGCAAGUUCUCAGUGAUCUUAUUGAACACAUUUGCUUGGAUAUGAGGGACCUUGGGGACAGUGGUAUUCAGCUGUCUCAGGGGCAUCUUUGGUUAUGCCCGAUUGGCAACAAGGGGGAUUGGAGCUACCUAGUCCAAGUGGCAAACUUGACGCGAAGUUAUCGAAAUGCCCCAAAACGAAACAAGCCUGCAUUUCACAAGGUGGACGUGUGGCACAAUGUGCAAUUGGGACAGGGGAAG